AACAUCUUCAAAACCAACAUAUGAAAGAAGGGAAAAACGAUCAUGAGAUCUGUCAAGGUCGCAACCUUUUGCGACCCUUAUCAGGGGAUGGGGACCAUUGUUGGCCGUGUGAGGCAGUUCUGAGGGAUACAUGGAAUGGGAAACCCGUCCUAUUGUCCCUUCACAUCGACCCCGUGGGUUGACGCCCUCCAAGAUGACGCGGCGAUAUUCUGAUAUUCAGUGUAAGUUGGCGCUUCAAAAGAGCGCUUGCCAUGAUGUUGGUCUGUCUUCGGUCUUUGCCAGACUUCGAAGGUGAGCGCCUACGAUGGGCAGAUUCAAUCCACAGCCUCCGUCCGUUGGAGGUUUCAUUUCAACCCUUAUCUGUUGGAGGUGGUGUCAUGCACACACAUGUAUAUAUAUCACGACCUGCAUCUGCAUGAUUAGGAUCAUUCUUCUGUAACACUCAACUGCAUCUUCUAUUGGCAUCUCCCCAAGGCAACGCUGCAAGCCUCCGCAUUCGGCCAACAUCACCCCCACAAACCACUCACAAACCACUCACAAACCACCUACACACACCCAUCAUCGUCAUGUCUCUGCCAUACAUUCUCUCUACCCCAACUACCCCACCACCACUCAAUAUGAAGGGCCACAAGUCCAUUGAAGGCAAAGCCUUCCGCUUCAAGGCUCGCAUCGACUGGCCCGCCGCCGCACGCAGCGAGCUCGGCUUCUGCGACUCCUUCUUCCUGCACCCCGUCUUCGUGGUGCGCAAACUAGGCCACGACCGCGCCGAAGUGGUCUCCCUGACCUCGACCCGGGACGAUUCCGUCGACCCGCGAAACUACCUCCAGAUCGCGACGCCGAACUGGAUGAAGAAGCAGACUGGCCCCAAGCUCAACCUCGUCAAUACCCCAGGAUGCGUGACGCAGCUUCCAAAGACCAGCUGGGUGCGCUUGGACAAGUGUCGCGAGGUGCCGCUUGAUAUCUUGCAGCAGUGGAUGAGGGAUGAUGGCGUGCAGUAUAUGCUGCGCAAGGAGUCGAGGGAGAAGUUGUAUCGGUUCGUGAGACGCGCCGAGUCAGGGUGGAUUGAUGACAGGGAGGAGGAACAGUUCGGCUCGCCACAGUUCAGUUUGCUGGAGUUUGGUCCGUCCCCGUUCUCUUCGCCGCAAUUCACGUUGCCGCGCACUCCACCACGCACCCCGUCGCCGUUCCCGAUCUAUGAGAUGCCAGGAGACAGCUUUCCUGAGGUUGGAAACCGAUUCCCAGGAUGGGGCGGCCUGAAUGUUGUGGAGGGCGACCCUUUCCUUGACCCUUGUCACUGCAAGCGACCGGGUGCACCGAUGCCGAUGCCGACGCCGAAGGAGAGGAAGAGCUUGGAUGUCGACGAGUUAGUAAAGGCCUUGAGAGACCUGGAAGGAAGGGUGGAUCAGCUGCACAACGCGCUGAGCCUCUUGCAGAUCGUCUCUCAGUCUGGCAGUCGACAGAAUCAGAGGACCGAAGCGUGGGAUAUCCUUUGAAGAAGGAGAGAGAGCCUUUGAAGGGGGAGAGAGCCUUUGGCGAGAGAGGAGCCUUUGAAGAAGGUGGGAGUCUGUGAAGAAGGAGCAUUGUAUCAACACUGGACCAUAUUUCUUUCUCUUAUAUCAUUAGCGAAGGCCGAGGCAACAUUUGAUAGAGGACAGUCGUUUCUAGAAUUGGCGCUCGGUAACAGGGAUCUGGCGUUUUGAUUACUUAGUUAGCUAGAUCUUAGUUGAAUAUUAUAGCCAUAUACUUGU